ACGACGGUUCUUGGGCGUGUGGGUGGAGGAGAGCUGCAGGCUCUGAGCCGCUUGGAAAACAUUCUUGACUUCGUCUGCACCACCUGCCUGGGAGAAGAUGGUCAACGUUUUGAAAGGAGUGCUUAUAGAAUGCGAUCCUGCCAUGAAGCAGUUCUUGCUGUACUUGGAUGAGUCCAAUGCCUUGGGGAAGAAGUUCAUCAUUCAAGAUAUUGAUGACACACAUGUGUUUGUCAUUGCGGAGCUGGUCAAUGUCCUCCAGGAGCGAGUAGGGGAACUGAUGGACCAGAAUGCCUUUUCUCUUACCCAGAAGUGAAAAUACUAGCUGCUGAGCACGUGGGAAUUACAAACCACAGACAUGAGAGAGGCCCCAUUCAGAGUCUCCUACAGUGUGUAGACAUUUCAUGAGCAUUUUGUGGGGAAGGCUGCAGGGCCAUUGAUUCAGACAAAAGCCCCAACUGAUUUUUUUGAAGAAGAACUAACAAUUGGCUGCAAUUUGGCUUUUAUUAUUCCUUAUUAAAACAAUCAUAAUUGUGCUGGUUCGAUGGUUCAGUUGGUAAAGGCCCUUGCCACCAAAUCUGACAGCCUGGAUUUGAUCCCAGGGCAGGGAAGAGCUCCCACAGUUGUCUCCUGACUUCCCUGUGUGUACCUCCCUCCCACACAAAUAAGUAAACCUAAUUAAUAAUCAUAAAUGGUUCCCCUACCUUUUUUUUUUUAACACCAAUUAAAUACACCAGAAAAAUAGUGGA